AUGGAUCCACAUACAUGCAAGAAUGAUAUGGAUGUAGACGGUGCAGCUCAGGUGGUGAAUGUGCCAUUGAAACAUGUCAUGGGUCAUCAUGAACGCUGGCUCAAGACUUCUGAGCCUUCUCUGGUGGCCAUUGCAUCCCUGCUGCCCUGA